UUAAACCCCUCACCCAGCCAGCGCCCCAUCCUGUCUGUUCCAGUCCAGACAGAGGCCUCACUCCUUCCUGCGAGCCCCGAGGAACCCCUCUCUCCCCCAACAUGGCCAACAAGGGUCCUUCCUAUGGCAUGAGCCGCGAAGUGCAAUCCAAAAUUGAGAAGAAGUAUGACGAGGAGCUGGAGGAACGGCUGGUGGAGUGGAUUGUAGUGCAGUGUGGCCCUGAUGUGGGCCGCCCAGACCGUGGGCGCCUGGGCUUCCAGGUCUGGCUGAAGAACGGCGUGAUUCUGAGCAAGCUGGUGAACAGCCUGUAUCCUGAUGGCUCCAAGCCAGUGAAGGUGCCUGAGAACCCACCCUCCAUGGUCUUCAAGCAGAUGGAGCAGGUGGCCCAGUUCCUGAAGGCAGCUGAGGACUAUGGGGUCACCAAGACUGACAUGUUCCAGACUGUUGACCUCUUUGAAGGCAAAGACAUGGCAGCAGUGCAGAGGACCUUGAUGGCUUUGGGCAGCUUGGCAGUGACCAAGAAUGAUGGUCACUACCGUGGAGAUCCCAACUGGUUUAUGAAGAAAGCGCAGGAGCACAAGAGGGAAUUCACAGAGAGCCAGCUGCAGGAGGGAAAGCAUGUCAUUGGCCUUCAGAUGGGCAGCAACAGAGGGGCCUCGCAGGCCGGCAUGACAGGCUACGGACGACCCCGGCAGAUCAUCAGUUAGAGGGGGGGCCUGCCGAGCCCCGCCAACCCCAGCUCCCCGGCCGCAGCCAUCCCGCUUAGCCCGCCUCACCCACACCUGUGUAGUUCCUUCAGCCCUGGCCAAGCUUUGAGGCUCUGUCACUGAGCAAAGGCGACUGCACGUGGGCAGCUCCCCCUGCUGCCUCAGCCCAACUUCUGACCCCAAAGCACCACUGCCCUGGUCCCUCUGCCCAGCUGUCCCCACCACCUCUAUUGUCUCUCCCCAUCCUGGGCUAAGCAGGGGGGAAGUGGGCUGGGGAUAGCCUGGGUAUAGGCAAGUCCACUGUCCUCCUUGGCAGCAAAAGCCCACUGAAGGAGACCCAGCCCAGCCUCUCCCAUCUUUUCCUGGAAUAUUCUCGUGUUUGAAACUCAAAAAGGAAAAAAAUAUAUACAUCAAUCUUUUCUCAGGCCUGGCUGGCCGA